UACCGAAGUUGAUCAAUAUUGAGAUCCGGAGUACUACAAUAACAAACAAAGCACGUGUUAACAUUUAAUUAGAUCAAAAUGUCCUCAUCCGAAUCCGACAACGGAAAUGAAGUUCCUGAAGAGGUUCCUUCUGACGGCGAGGACAAUAAAGUGACCAAAACCUUUCAUGAUCUGGGCCUAGUGGAUGCUCUGUGUGAGAACUGCGAGAAACUAGGAUGGAAAAAGCCCUCAAAAAUUCAGGCCGAGGCCAUUCCUCUGGCCUUGGAAGGUCGCGAUAUCAUUGGCUUGGCUGAAACAGGAUCGGGCAAGACUGGAGCCUUUGCAUUGCCCAUUCUCCAAGCUUUAUUAGAAACUCCCACCCGACUUUUCGCCUUGAUCUUAACGCCUACGCGAGAAUUGGCUUAUCAAAUUGGAGAACAGUUUGACAAAUUGGGCGGAUCUUUGGGCGUCAAGACUUGCGUACUAGUUGGUGGGAUGGAUAUGGUGGAACAAUCCGUUUUGUUGGGCAAGAUGCCUCACAUUAUCGUGGCCACACCCGGACGACUUAUGGAUCACUUGCAAAACACCAAGGGUUUUACUUUGAAGAGAUCCCUUAAAUAUCUGGUGAUGGAUGAGGCUGAUCGUAUCCUCAACAUGGAUUUUGAAAAAGAAGUCAAUCAAAUCUUGGCCAACAUUCCUCGUGAAGGUCGUCGCAACAUGUUGUUCUCCGCUACCAUGACCAAGAAGGUCGUCAAGCUCCAACGGGCUUCCCUUUCUGAUCCCGUCAAAGUUGAGGUCAAUUCCAAAUAUCAGACCGUGGACAAGCUUCAUCAGUACUACCUGUUUAUCCCCCUCAAGUUCAAGGAGCUCUAUCUGGUCCACAUCAUCAACGAGAUGCAAGGCAACUCCUUUAUCAUCUUCUGUUCCACUUGCAAUGGCACCCUGAAACUGGCUCUGAUGCUCCGAAAUCUUGGCAUGGCAGCCAUUCCUUUGAAUGGGCACAUGUCUCAGAAUAAACGAUUGGGAGCAUUGAACAAGUUUAAAUCCAAGUCUCGAUCAAUACUGAUCGCCACAGAUGUGGCCAGUCGUGGUCUGGAUAUUCCACAUGUGGACGUGGUCAUCAACUUUGAUAUCCCCACCCACAGCAAGGACUAUAUUCAUCGUGUGGGUCGCACUGCUCGUGCUGGACGAUCCGGCAAGGCCAUCACGUUUGUGUCGCAAUACGACGUGGAACUUUAUCAGAGGAUCGAGCAACUCAUCGGCAAGAAGUUGCCCAAGUUUCAAACCGAGGAGAACGAGGUCAUGACCUUCCAAGACCGCGUGAAUGAAGCCACGAGGAUGGCCAAGAUGGAGCUGAAAGACAUGGAAGAGCGAAAGAAGGGCGGGAAACGACGGAAGCGGGGCGAGGCGGGAGACGAUUUUGACGACAGCGAACAAUUUAUCGGAGUGAGGAAACGUGUCAAAGGAGGUGGUGAUGGGAACCGAAAAAAGAGGCGGUGAAAUAAACACAAAUCUUGAUGAAUGCAUAAGUUUGUCCGGCAUUGAACGUUUUGACUUCUAUUACUUAAGGUUAGAUAGUGGCAGUGAGCUCGAGAUCAAAGCGACUCCGACCAAUGUGACAUUUAAGCUGAGGCGAGUUCUGCACGGUUGACGCUUUCCCGUACUUCAUGUCCUAACGAAAGAAUUGAGCAUCCUCUAGAUAGGGCAUGGAUCCGCAACCAAUGGGCCUCGCGCUUUUCAAAUGGAGUUUUGCAACCAUGGUUUGUCUUUGCAUAUAACUUUCUUUGCUUUGUUGAGAUCAGGCAAGAGGGUGACUGAAGAUGUAAUCAUGCACAUAAAAUCUAAGAUGGCUGGAGCUGAAGAGACUUUAGGAAAUGUGUCAAUCCUUGUUCUUGAAAUUGAAGAUCUUUGGAAAAGACAGGGUGGCCUGAAUUGAAUGAGACAAUUCAGUGAUUACGCUUGUGGGCAUGACUUUCCAAAAUCAGCGAGGGUGAAACUUACUUACAUAAGUACAGUAUGUAGACGAGAGCCAAGACCAAAUUACAAAAUGCACGCAGACCGGAAGUGUUGCUAGCACUAAAUAAGAUCAGUCAUUCCUGAGUAUAAAAGUAGACUGCCCAACCCAAAUAUCAUCAGUACUGCAAACAGUGCCAACAAACCACAAGACCCAACAUGAAGGCAUUAUCCAUUUUUUUUAUUUUAGCCAUCGUUUUGGUUAAGGCCAAAAUUCAGGAUUCGCUUCCACCAAAUAAUAACCUCCACCAAAAUGGACCCGGCAAGGAAACUCCACUCAUGGCCCCAAUUCCUAUCUCCCGCAAGUUUCGCUCAAUAAUGAACGAGGUUCCCUCACAUACUGGUUUAGGCGAAAAGGCAAACGAGGUCGUCCAGAGAAGCAUCGAGCAUGAUCAUGAAGAGCCUCAUGAGGACGUCAAGAGGAGCAUCAAGCAUGAUCAUGAAGAACCUCAUGAAGACGUCAAGAGGAGCAUCAAGCAUGAACAUGGAGAUCCUCAUGGUGACGUCAAGAGGAGCAUCAAGUAUAAUCAUGAAGAACCUCAUGAAGACGUCAAGAGGAGCAUCAAGCAUGAUCAUGUAGAGCCUCAUGAAGACGUCAAGAGGAGCAUCAAGCAUGAUCAUGAAGAACCUCAUGAGGUCGUCAAGAGGAGCAUCAAGUAUGAUCAUGAAGAACCUCAUGAGGUCGUCAAGAGGAGCAUCAAUCAUGAUCAUGAGGAACCUCAUGAGAACGUUAAGAGGAGCAUUAUACAAGAACACCAAGCUCAUGAGAUUGCUGAGAGAAGUAUCACUCAAGAAGGCCAGGCUAGCGAAAACGUCAAGGAACGCACAAAUGAACCACCUCAUAAGACGGUAAAACGGGAAUCACCACAUGGUGGACAUUUUCAUGAAGAGAAACAGGAUGACAUAGCUUAUAAAACCAUUGAGCAUACCGCACGGAGAAAAAGAUUCGGUUUUCAGACCAUUGAGGGUGCUGAGAACGUCCAGGGUGAACGUGGCGAUAUGAAGAAACGACAAGUGCAAGGACCCAUCAUAAGAAUUAUUCGACGAUCGAUGAGAGUGGGAUUGGCUUGAGUAACUUACAUAUUUUGAGAAGAUUCAUAACGAAAAGAGAAACAGUCUCCUAAUUACGUUCUUCAGUAGCCUAACAUCAUCUUCUUGACAGAGAAGAGUUGUUCUUGAAUCUUAAACAUUUGGAUGAAAUCUGGUAGUAAAAGUAGUUACACUAAGUUUAUCCGUACAAAAAUGGAAAGGAUUUCCAUGAAUAAAAUGUAUUUUUCUGCUUA